UUAUUAUUAUUAUUAUUAUUAUGAUGGGGUCUGUGGGGGAGCAGAUCUUGCAGUCCGGCGUUGCUCUUUUGCCUUGUCCAACGCUCUGCGGAGAACUAUAAUAUUUCUUCCCCGAGAUGCUGCAGUGAAUUUUAGUCCCAGGAAAUCAAGCGAACAAAAUAAUCCGAAGAAUAACCCGAACCAUUUGUUACCGUGUGAGAGCACACGCUGCCUAGGCACAGAUGAUGGCAAAAAAUUCCCUGGAAGGGUCUAAAGAAGACCUGAGCAAAAUUUCGGAAGAGGAGAUGCUGAGGUGGAGCAAGGAAGAGCUGGUGAAAAGACUGAGGAAAGUGGAGAAUGAAAAGAUGAACUUAAUGGUGGAACACGGCAACUUGAUGAAGGACGUGAACCGGCGGCUGCAGCUCCACCUGCACGAGAUCCGCGGGCUGAAGGAGGUGAACCAGAAGUUGCAGGACGACAACCAGGAGCUGAGGGAGCUCUGCUGCUUCUUGGACGACGACCGGCAGAAAGGCAAGAAGCUGUCGAGGGAAUGGCAGCGCUUCGGGAGGCACACGGCCAGCGUGAUGUGGAAGGAGGUGGGCAUGUACCAGCAGAAGCUGAAGGACCUGGAGGCGAGGCAGGAGACCCUCCUGCGGGAGAACGUGGAGCUGAAGGAGAUGGUGCUCAUGCUGGACGAGGAGCGGAGCGGGGCCGGCUCGCGGAGCUCCAUCGACAGCCAGGCCAGCCUGACCAACCUCAACGGCGGCUCGGCCACCCGGGACGUGGGGGACGGCAGCAGCACCUCCAGCACGGGCAGCGCGGGCAGCCCCGACCACCACCACCACCACCACCUCCACCACCACAAGGCCGGCGACAGCAAGGCCGGGGCCAUGCGGAGGUCUAUGGAUGACCUGUCCGCGCCCCUCCACCACCGGAGCAUCCCCAACGGCCUCAACGAUUCGUCUUCCAACUAUAUCAGGCAACUUGAAACAAAAGUGAAACUGCUGGAGGAUGACAACAAGCUUCUUUCCCAGCAGUCCAGCACAGGAGACCUGAGGACUCUGAGGAAAGGGUUGUCCCCGUACCACUCUGAGUCACAGCUCUCGUCACUGCCGCAGUAUCAAGACACCCUGCAAAACGGACCAGCUCGCAUGACAUCUGAUCUUGCGUCUUCUCCUGCAGCAGGAUACAUCCCUGUUGGUCAGAAACCAGAGGCUGUUGUGCAUGCUAUGAAGGUCCUUGAGGUCCAUGAAAAUUUGGACAGGCAAAUGCAAGACAACUAUGAAGAAGACCUGAGUGAAAAGGAGAAGGCGAUCGUUCGUGAAAUGUGCAAUGUUGUCUGGCGAAAGCUGGGUGAUGCUGCGAGCUCCAAACCCUCCAUCAGGCAACAUCUUUCGGGAAACCAGUUCAAGGGUCCCUUGUAGGAAAACUCUCCUGGAGGCUGGAAGUGAAUGAUUCUGUGAAGACUAAAGAGGCAGAGCUCAGCGUUUCUGGCUGCCUGUUCUUUGGGAGUUGGGGUUGAGGUUUUUUUUCAGGGUUUCCUUUUUGCUUUUUUUGUAACAAUAGUGUAAAUAUGGCAGCUAAAGGCCUGAUUUCCAGGCUGUGGUGCUCUGGAACUACUGUUCAAUGGGUAACCAUUCAAUAAUGCCAGACUUGCAUCAUUUGUAUUGUAGUUCAAACCUGCUUUGUUGUAAUGGUCUGUUUCUAGAAUUAACUAACUCAAGAGAAUUUCUAAGAGGAACAAGAAGACCCUUUAACCUGUGGAGAGGUCACAGUUUAUAUUGCUCCGGUUCACCUGCUUGUCAGUGAUUCACAGCUGGGUUAGUGGCUCCAGGCAGCACCUUCCAGGGAAAGAGGACUUUGAAUUCGUUGGCUUACUGCCUGCCAAGCUCCUGAGCUGCUAACACUUCUUUUGGAGGUCCUUAUUUUGAAGAAUGACAUGCAGCUGUUUUCACAAGGCGCUGUGUACAGUAUUGAGUGGUGAGCUAAAAACACUAGUACCACUUAGUACAUUGUACGGUGGUAGUCACCACGCAAGCAUACAGAAAGGCUUAAGAUUCUGUAUCAGCUGUUAAUGAACUAUUUUUCAUGAACAAAUGACACAAGAUUUCUGCAGUCAUAAUGUGAAUGAAGUUACUUAGCCACACACCAGUAUUCCCUACAAAUAUGGCAACAGUUUUCCUGUAAAGCUUUAACAAAAUAAUUCAGCAGAAACUGCCGUCCUAACAGUGCUAAUGGCUGUCACAGGGAUCUUCGAGAGCAGCUCAUCUUUCACAUAAGGAAGAUUUGGGUAUUUCUUUUUAACGUUCUUGUUGAUCCCUCACCUAUAGCUGGUUCCUGUGUAAGGUAACCAAACAACAACAUUGCAGAGCUGAAUAAAAGACAGGCUGUUGGGUGAGACUACUUCCUGCCAUUCAAGCUUUAUUUUUGUUAUUGAACCAAAAUGAGUGGGUUUUUCUUUCUUCUAAUGAUUGUAUAUAAAACAAUGGGACUUAUAUUUUGCUAUUGUGGAGUAGCUGCUUGUAUAGUUGUAAGAAUUUGACCCCCUUUUCCAAGUUGUCACAGCAGCUGUCCCUGUAUUUUAUUAGCUGUUCUUUCUCAAUAGUCCAAGGAAGUGGGGCUUGGUUAUUAAACUUACUGGUGUAAAAUAAUUUUAAAGACAGGCAUGUGAAAAGAUCAAAGCCUCCUCUUCAAAAGUUGCAUCAAUUUUAGUGAUGAGUUUGAAGAUUUAAUGACCUCAGACACCAUCACUUUCUUCUUACUCUCUGUAAGGAUCAGUCAGAGCUACAGACAGCUAAAUUAGCUGGACAUUAGCUGGACAUCCUCUUUAAUUAAUUUGUUCUACCAGUUGAGUUAUUAAUUUGUGGUAUUGUAUUAACAUGGAGUGCCAAGGAGCCCAUGCUGCAAGUUAUGAAAGGAAAUUGGUCCCAUGGUAUACAAUAAUUUGCCUGGGUAAGGAAUUUGGAGUGUCAGAGUGGAGAUCUGUAACCAGUAAAAAAGACAGAGAAGGAAUACAACCAAAAUAUAGUAAUCAGUAAGAGUAAGCACCACUUUACUAUUCAUUGCAGAAAUAAAAAUGUAACAAGUCGAGUAGGUUAUUUGAAAAAAAAAAAAAAAAAAAAAAUCCAAGAACCACCCCCAUACACACAUACUCUUACACACUCACCAGUAGUUUAUUUCUUACUACUGCCCAGUCAGCGAAUGCUGAGCUAGCUAGCUCUAAUAAUAUUUACAUCCUAUGCAGUCUUGAAAAAUCUAUUCUAGAGUCUGACUGUCUCCUUUAAAAUAUGGCAUCUUUAGAGGAUUCCAGAUUUCCUCCUCUUUGCUUUUUGUUUUGACCUCGAGUUUCUGGUUACCAUUGAUUACUUGUCUUCCUCCUGUACAAUUUAUACCUUAAGAUUUUUGUACCAGAAAAAGUGAUGCAAAGCAGAGGCAUCAUGCUUCCUUAACAUCUAAUGUCGAACAGAGGUUUACUUUAAUCUAUCUGCUUGAAAGCCCAUUUUAAUUUCAGUGGCAUCUAAUCACUGGAUUAAGCAGAGAAUUUAAGCAUAUUGGGAACAAGGUUAAUUUACGUCAGUGAAUUUUAACUAAAGCAAUGCAAAUGUUGCCAGCACUUGUAGAGAGUUAAUUGUGUUGAUGACGUAUUUGCUAUUUUAGGAGGAUAUCAGACUAGCAGGUCCUCUCAACAAGACAGGAGCUAUACUAAUCAGAUUACUAAUCUCACCAGCUAUAAUUCUCAUUCAAAUAUUCCUAUCAAAUCACACUGAAAAAUUUAUUCAAUGACUUCAAGCAAAGCUUGUUUUGUUCCACCUGCAGACCUCACCUACUAGGGAAAUAGUGGUACAACGGAAGUCCAUCAGUGCUGCAAAUCCCAAAGAGCCAGUUUACAGGGUAGCCACUAGUUCAGCUGAACAGUCUUGAUACUCUUAGGGUAGAUCCAGUGCUUUAAGAUUCCGUUUGGCAGCACAGAGCUUCAAUGCAAGAUGUGCAUCGUUGAUUUUGCAGAACACCAUGACAGCGCUGUACAUGGGAGUGUUAUGUUGGGGGGUGUUUAGGCUUGCUACUCUACAUACUUAGCUUCAUUAGAGCUAUAAAGUGUCUUCCUGACUAAAAUGACACUCAAUGACUUCACAGGAUGACUUGGGUGCUGCAUUUUCAGUUGUCUAAAAAAGAUGGUUUAUAUGCGUAUUUAAAUUCCCUUACCUAUGCGCUAAGUCUUCAGUGAAACCUACCUGAGGAGCUUUGUACGUUAUGUUGGAAGGGAGCAUCCUAUGAAAUAGCAGCCAUUAAACUGAUAUAUUUGGGGCAGUAGUCCAAGUUAAUUUCCUCGAGAUUGAAGUCCUGGGUUCUGCAAUCCCCUGGCAAAGAAAGCAUCCACUGUUUACAAAUGGACUUUGCUUGCUUAAGGAAACUAAAAUCACAUCCUUGACUUUUGUUGGAGUGACUGAAGCAGCGUUUCCAUAAGUUUCUGAAACGCUGCGGUGUAACCAGCUUCAGUCGGCUCUUUGCACCGUGAUGACUGCUGAGCACAACCUUGUUGAGAAUGGCACAUUUUUAUCCAAAUAUUAGAUAUUAAAAGAAAUCAGUGUUAAAGUGACCUUUUAUCUUUUUAGAAACUGUGGGGGAAGAGUACUACUGAUCUUUUUCAAAGUGCAUGACUGUAAAGUGAUAAAAUUGUAUAUUUUUCAUAAUGUGGGGAAAGUCUAUUUGUGCUGCUUUAGAAAUCAGUUUAAAGUUUGAUUUCUGUUAAACCUGUGAUCUUACAGCCCUGCUAUAUUUUCUGUAUAUGAUUUACAAAGAACUGGAAAGGUUAGCACCUGCUGUUGUGUAUAUAGCAAAAUUCUUUAGACCUUAGCACGCGUUUUUACCUAUUAUUGAACCACUCUGGCUUUUUGGGGGAGGGAAAGUAAUAGUACAGAUUUUUUUGAUAAUGUGUGUAAAACAUUCAUUUGAAAUAUUUUAGUAAAAAUGAAGUAAGAUAUUGAUUGUGAUAGUGUAUACUUCUAGUUGAAUAAAAUACAUUCUUUUUAAAUAAACUGAUGAAUAAGAUUUGGGAGACAACUGCUGAAAUACCUUGCAGUAAGUAUCACAGUUAUGAAUUCUGAAUUAAUAUGAAAAACCUGGAAAUCCACUAAGUUCAGAACCAAUUUUAUUUGGGUAGGUGUGAACAAAGUAGUCCCAUUUAUAACCAGGAUGUACAUCACAGUAGGUUGUUACAUUCAGACUUUCACACUUAGAAAAUAUAUAUAUUAUGUACAGGAAUUUGCAAAUAGGUGUAAACAUACAAUACUUUAAGAUACCAGUACAUUCCAAAACAAAAAUAUCAGCAAGGCAAACACCUCAAAAUGAUUCCAGUCAGCUAGCAUUCAGAAUCUCUCUUAAAUAAAGUAGCUUUUAUGCU